CCAAACAUAGAGAAGAAAAAUGGCGUGGCCAUUGCUCUCUCCAGUCUCAGGCUGUUACUGUCUUCGCCUCUCACAACCUCAUGUUAAUUUAGUCCAACUCCAACCAAUUACACGUCGUGAAAUCAUACACCCAUCUCUUCAUCAAUGUAUACUUUUUUCUGUCGAUAGAAUUAGAGCAAGACUCCCGCUUUUAAAUGCUCAAACCAAUGGCUCUGAGCAGCUAAUUGAAGAUCUUAGGGUUCCUCAACAGUGGCUACAACCUUCCAAAGCCUUGGAGGAAUCUGAAUGGUUGCAAACUGCUCUUAACAAGUGGUUGGAUGAUGAAUAUUGUCCAGAGGAAACAAAUAUUGAGAUUAGCAAAAUUGCUGCAAGUUCAUUCUACAGAUCAUUACUUGAAAAUAAAAGUGACAUAGGUGAGAUACUGUUAACGAUGGCUGGAGAUUUGGAAUCCAUAUCCUAUCAAGAAAGCUUUCAUGGAGCAUUCUCAUCAGCAAAUGCAGCAGUGAAUCUCAUAAUCCAACGGCUUGAACAAUACUAAUCAUGAUUGGCCUCACUAAAAAGUUUGGAACUCUUAGACUUAAAUUUUUCUUUGACUUGCAUUUAGAAUUAUCCUUUUAUAGUGUAGCAAGUACAUUAUGACUAAGAGAAACAUGCUUACAUCAAUAAGGUUAGAAGGGGC